AUGGGGAAAAGGCGGCAGCCUUCGUCUUCUGUUGCUGAUCAAAAAAAAGGUCUGCAAGCAGAUUCGGAAGGCUCUGGCUCAGAUGAUACUUUGUCGUCUGAUGAUCCCAGCCAAACCUCUGAACCUGAAGGCCCUGAACCUGAAGGCCAUGUAGAAUCAGAGGAUGCCUUGACUCAAGUUCAACAAGGCAUCGGCGGCGUCAGUGAUAGCAGGUGCAUGGAGGAAAAGCAAUCAGACAUAGACCAGGCUGGGAAAGAGCGAAGUGCAGAUUCAGACAGCAAUGGCAAAGCAGACGAGGUUUCCAGGGAACUCCACAGCAAAAUACGCCAGUUGGCUGCAGCUGAAUCUUGGCCAAAUGGGCCAGACAGCCCGCAUGGGUUGUUUUUGUGGCCAGAGUGGAAUUCAGCCCGACUUCUUGAUGUAUCUUCGAUGAACCUCAAGAAGGAACGUGUGGAGAGGCUCCUGUACCUUUUAUCAUUAGAUAUCGAAAUACACGAAUGCUAUGCUGGAACCGGCAAUGGUGCCGUCACCCUUCACCGCCAACUUGACGCACUGCGGAUGGAGUGCCAGAAGCAUGCAGUCUCAUGUGGGCUGUCCAUACCGACUUUUGGCAAAGUGGUGACAGCCACAAGCUGCGAUAUUGAUCCAAUUUCCAGAAGCGUUUUGAAGAGCUUGCCAGAGGCCAGAGCAAGGGUCAAGCUGUCAAGGCGUCAAGCCAGUCAACAUGUCCAAAUGUGGUGGGGUUGA